AAUGGGGUAAGGACAAUUGAUUCACCAUUAUACAUCGAACAAGCAAAAGAAAGAAGUGAAAAUAAAUUGAAUGUCGCCUCUACAUCGAAUACCAAUGAACAGUUUCCGAAUCGCUUAUCUAAUAGUCAUGUAGCUCACAAAGUCAUUGAUUUAGUUAGCACCAAUAUUGAAAACAACUUUAACAUCAAUAAUUCAAGUGAAACUCUAAACAAAUCCGUAUUUAAUACGCCAAUGUAUUUUGGAACAGAAAACUCAACAGUUGUUGCGACGCAAAUAGGUGCAACCGCACAUAUUCCAUGUGUUGUCCACCAUAUAGGUGAAUGCGUGGUUUCAUGGAUCAGAAAAAAGGACUAUCACUUAUUGACUGUUGGAUUGACCACAUAUAGCAGUGAUGAGAGAUUUAGCGCAACACAUCUUAAACAUUCAGAGGAUUGGACAUUGCAAAUAAAAUUUGUGCAGCAGCGUGAUGCAGGAAUAUAUGAGUGCCAAGUAUCUACUCAUCCCCCAACAUCAAUUUUUUUACAUUUAUUAGUAGUAGAAGCUCGAGCAGAAAUAUCAGGCCCACACAUACGCUAUCUUACCCCUGGAUCAACUUUAAGACUGCAAUGUCAUGUCGUACAAAAUACUGAAAUUUCAGAAUACAUAUUUUGGUAUCACGAUAACCGAAUGAUAAAUUAUGAUGCUGAUCGAGGAAUAAAUGUUUCCACAGAUCCAGAUUUUCAAUCAUCAGAACUAACCAUUUCAAGGACAAGGCGUGAACAUUCAGGAAACUACACGUGUGUUGCAAGUAAUACUCAGCCUGCAAGUGUGUUGGUACACAUAUUUAAAGAAAUAAACUUUUGCUGCUGUUGUCCUGUUGUUUUUGACCCUGGUAUCAGAUAACGCGGCUCAAUUCUUUUGAAAAAUGUAUAACUCAGUUUCAAGUUUCGAAUUUAUUUACAACUAAGGAAACCUCAAAUAUGCUAUUAAAAAGGAGUUUUAAGCUCUUUAACUACUCAGUAAAAAAGUAAAA